CGAUCAGGAAAUGAGAUACGGAAAGGUCUGGUUAGUGGUAGCUCUAGUCGUAACACUAGAAUUGAUGGUUUUGCCACAAGUGACAGGUGCCAAACACGUCGACAUAUUUGAGCAAUUUAGCGAUGGCAGUUAUGAGAAAAACCAAAAAGCGCACGAACGGGAGGACCUAUCGGACGACGAUGAAGACAUCCGAACGGAACAACCAACAAGCUGCGUCGAGGAGGUCCUACCGACCGACCCUCUAGAAUUGCACGAGAAGCUGGAAAAUGAGACCGUCCGUCCACUGAUGGAAGUGCAAAACAUUACCCAACCUAAUCUGAGCGAAAUGUUCGCGAAGCUAAGGACGGGCAUCUUUAGCGUUAACCUCUUCCAGAUCGGUCAGCAAGUCCGUAGCGUACUGACGAUGGUAAAGGAUCACAUGCAAGCAUACGUCCGCGACACCAUUGCCAAAUUCGAACACUUGCGCCACAAGACGAUGCGUUCCGUGAAGCGCAAAGUGGAUGAGAUAAACGAGCAGAUCCGCAACCACUUCCAGAACGAGUUCGUGGAGUACCGGGACGUGUGUCUGCCGGACGAGAACCAUUGCAUGCAGCUACUGCACUCUCAGAUCGACCAGUACGAGCGCCAGUUGCGAGAGAACGUGGACGAAUGCCACGACAAACUAGCGGAACAUUUGGCCAAGCAGCGGCGCGAGAUAGACGAAGCGCAACAGCUGAUGAACGGACCGUACAGCCGCAUGAACGAUUGUCUCGACCGAGAUGCCGGUUUCGGGCGUAGCUUUCUUGCCUGUACGGGCGGUGCCGUUGCGAAUCUAGCGAAAGGGACAACGGACGCACUGCAACGGUUCGCAAACAAAAUGACCUACCUGUCCAGCAGGUUUACCCAGCAUGUGAACAAGUUCGAAAAGUGCGUCGUUCGACGACGCCAGCUGUUGAACAAAAACGAACGAGAGGUUUCGGAAAAGGUGAAGAGUUGCUUCAAGCGACAACAAUCGCAACCGGAAGCCUUCUUCUGACCGGACACGGA